UUUUCGGAGAGCCAAAACACAGGGACAGUACUGGAGACUCGAAAGUCCCGACCAGCCCUUAUCGGCCACAAUACUUGUACCUUCUUAGUUUCUCUUCAUUUUUGUAACAUUAACGAGAAAAAUGUUAUUGAUGGCAUGCAACUUCUGCCCUUUACAAUUCCAUGUAAUCUCAUCACGUGUUUCCGAAAACCACUUUUUGGGUCGUAGAAAACUCUGCUUCAAUGGUGUCUCCUCUGGUUGCUCGCCCUCCUCCUCCAUUGAUGUUCCUUCACUCCGUCCCAUCUCCAUUCAAAGUGUUGAAAAUCCCACCAAGGAUAUGACCCAAUUGCUGAUGAAGAUUACUCCUUUUACUUCGAGGCGUGCAUUGUUCUCCACUUUGUUUUUGUAUUCAUUUUUUCAUUCCUCAAGGUACUUAGCAGCUCAAGCUUUAGGAGAUCCUACUGUAACCAUCGAUGAAGUCACUCCCACUGUCAUUGCUUCCGGGGAACUCUUCCCUACUGAGAACAGAAUCGUUCAACUCUUUGAGAAAAACACAUACUCUGUUGUCAACAUCUUUGAUGUAACAUUGCGCCCUCAACUUAAUGUAACUGGUGCAGUGGAGAUUCCAGAAGGAAAUGGUUCUGGAGUAGUGUGGAAUAGAGAAGGACAUAUCGUGACAAAUUAUCAUGUAAUUGGCAAUGCCCUCACAAGAAAUCCAAGCCCCGGGGAGGUUGUUGCACGAGUUAAUAUUUUAGCAUCAGAUGGGGUACAAAAAAAUUUUGAGGGCAAGUUGAUUGGCGCUGAUCGCGCAAAGGAUCUUGCUGUUUUGAAGGUCGAAGCCCCUGAAGAUCUGUUAAAGCCAAUCCUAGUAGGGCAGUCAUCUUCGCUGAAAGUCGGUCAACAAUGCUUGGCGAUUGGAAAUCCAUUUGGUUUUGAUCAUACCCUCACUGUUGGAGUUAUCAGUGGACUAAACCGAGACAUUUUUAGUCAAGCUGGAGUCACAAUCAGUGGUGGAAUUCAAACAGAUGCAGCCAUCAAUCCUGGGAAUAGUGGAGGACCCCUAUUGGAUUCCAAAGGAAAUUUAAUUGGGAUUAACACUGCAAUAUUUACUCAAACUGGAACUUCAGCAGGGGUAGGGUUUGCCAUUCCAUCCUCAACUGUAGUCAAGAUUGUCCCCCAGCUAAUUCAAUUUGGCAAAGCUUUUCGAGCUGGUUUGAAUGUAGAGAUUGCUCCUGAUCUGAUUGCAAAUCAACUCAAUGUUCGAUAUGGAGCUCUUGUUCUUCAGGUACCAGGAAACAGCGUGGCUGCCAGGGCGGGGCUACUUCCCACCACAAGGGGCUUUGCCGGUAGCAUUGUACUCGGGGAUAUCAUUGUAGCAGUUGACAACAAACCUGUAAAAAACAAAGCAGAACUGUACAAAGCACUGGAUGACUAUAAUGUCAGUGACCAAGUAAUUCUAAAGAUUCAGAGGGCCAGUGAUAGUUUGGAGCUUCCUAUAACUCUAGAGGAAAAGAGUUCAUAGCCUAUAUUCUUAAAUCCUCUUCAGAAUAGCAUAUCUUCAUAGUGAUUGCAGAUGUCAAAUGAGGCAUGGAUGUUUAAACGACAGGUCGUUUCAUAAUACGGAAAUAUGGAAAAACGAUAUCGAAGUUGUUGCUACUAAACGACACUGAAGUUCAUAUUAUGGCUUAACAAAACGGCUUCACAGUUGUUGCCAAACUGUUACGAGGGACAUUUAGAUUAGAUUGGUCUUGGGGAAAUAACCUAAGAGAUUUGAUCAUUUGAUACAACAUAGACAAACUCCCUUGAAAUCUUUGUUGAUGGGAAUUUAUAUAAUUUUAAUUUAGGAAGAGAUUCAUUUGGAUAAAAUAUUACUUUUUUUGUUUUAA